AUGUGCCGAGUCAAGCUGUUCCAUGACAAGCACAAUCUCUUUUCCAUCUUUGUCAUGAUGCUGGCCCUACUGUGCCUCAGCAGAGCCAUACCAAGUACAGAACCUCCCAUGCUACGUGGCCGCCACUUUACAUUUAUGUGGAACGCCCCAACCGAGCUGUGUGACAUCCGCUUCAGUAUACCCCUUGACCUCUCCUACUUUGACUUUGUCAGCAGCACGCUGAAAACAGCAACCAAUCAAACAAUCUCCAUAUUCUAUACUGACCGCUUUGGCCUCUUCCCCUACGUGGAUGAAGACACUGGAGAGAUGUAUGACGAAGGCUUGCCUCAGCUGAUAGACAUGCAGGAGCACCACGAGCUGGCUGAAGAUGACAUCGAGUACUACAUCCCUGGCAACCGGCGGGGCCUCGCUGUGCUUGAUUUUGAGGAAUGGAGACCACAGUGGAUUCGAAACUGGGGCAGCAAAGACAUCUAUCGACAGAUUUCCAUUGAAACAGUAAAGAAGAGGAAUGCAUCACUGUCUGAUGAGGAGGCGGAAGAACGGGCGAAGACUAUGUUUGAACGCGCAGCCAGAAGGUACUUUCUCCGAUCCAUCCGAAUUGGGAAGACAAUGAGGCCAAACAGACUUUGGGGCUACUAUUUGUACCCCGACUGCUAUAAUUAUGACUACAAUCAGGACAUGGUUGGCUUCACGGGAGAGUGUCCUGCCAUUGAGAAGGAGAGGAAUGACAACCUACUGUGGCUCUGGAAAGAGUCCACGGCACUCUAUCCAUCCAUCUACCUGGAGUUUGUGCUCAAAGACUCUGUACAGGCCCGGAUGUAUGUCCGCCAUCGCAUCCAGGAGGCGAUGAGGGUAUCAACUCUCCCCAACAACUCCCACUCCAUCCCCAUUUAUGCAUAUAUAAGGCCUGUGUACAAGGACAGUGUUAAUGACUACAUGUCAGAGUUUGACCUGGUUAACACCAUAGGAGAAGCUGCUGCUCUUGGUGCUGCUGGUGUUGUUUCCUGGGGAGACAUGAAUAUCACUGAUACAGAGGACUCCUGCUUUGAUGCCCGACAUCAUUUGGACCACAUCAUGAACCCAUACAUCCUUAAUGUAUCCACAGCAGCACAGCUCUGCAGUGUGGCACUCUGCCAGGGCAAAGGUCGCUGUGUCAGGAAGCACUGGGAUGAUGAUGUCUACCUUCAUCUUGACCCACGUCGCUACCACAUUCUGCAGCAAUGUCGUAGUGGCCCACUGACUGUGAGUGGUGGCCUUUCGCAGGAUGAUAUUAACUGGUUUAACCAUAAUUUUGACUGCAUGUGCUACGACACUAAACCAUGUCGAUCAGUGCUGAUGCUCAACAACAUCCAGGAGGCACUUGUCACAGGGAAUGGACUUGCUGACAGGGUGUGUCCCCUCCUGCUAGUGGUCAUGCUAAUCUGUCUGAACUACACUGUGAUGUGAAUAUAAAUGAAAGCACAAACACCUG